AGCGCACUGAAGCCAUGGUGAGCGAGUCCCCGGGGCCUGGUGGCCGUGUCCCUUGGCGGCGAAGCGACGAGGUGCUGCGCGUGAACGUGGGCGGCGUGCGGCGGCGGCUGAGCGCACGCGCCGUGGCGCGCUUCCCGGGCAUGCGGCUGGGCCGCCUGCAGGCAGCGGCGUCCGAGGAGCAGGCGCGGCGCCUGUGCGACGACUACGACGCUGCGGCGCGCGAGUUCUACUUCGACAGGCACCCGGGCUUCUUCCUGGGCCUGCUGCACUUCUACCGCACGGGCCGCCUGCACGUGCUCGACGAGCUGUGCGUCUUCGCCUUCGGCCAGGAGGCCGACUACUGGGGCCUGGGCGAGAGCGCGCUGGCCACGUGCUGCCGCGCGCGCUACCUGGAGCGGCGGGUGACGCGGCCGCGCGCUUGGGACGAGGACAGCGACGCGCCGAGCAGCACGGACCCGUGCCCCGACGAGAUCUCCGACGUGCAGCGCGAGCUGGCGCGCUACAGUGGUGCGCGCUGCGGCCGCCUGCGCCGCCGCCUCUGGCUCACUAUGGAGAACCCGGGGUACUCGCUGCCCAGCAAGCUCUUCAGCUGCGUCUCCAUCGGCGUGGUGCUCGCCUCCAUCGCCGCCAUGUGCAUCCACAGCCUGCCCGAGUACCAGGCCCACGAGGCGGCUGCCGCCGUGGCUGCAGUGGCCGCUGGCCGCAGCGCGGCAGGCAUGCGGGACGACCCGGUGCUGAGGCACUUGGAGUACUUCUGUAUCGCCUGGUUCAGCUUCGAGGUAUCAUCGCGCCUCCUGCUGGCACCCAGCACGCGCAACUUCUUUUGCCACCCUCUCAACCUCAUUGACAUCGUGUCGGUACUGCCCUUCUACCUCACGCUGCUGGCAGGCAUGGCGCUCGGCGACCGGGUCGGCACAGGUGGCGAGGAGCUUGGCGACCUGGGCAAAGUGGUACAAGUGUUCCGCCUCAUGCGCAUCUUCCGCGUCCUCAAGCUGGCGCGCCACUCCACCGGCCUACGCUCGCUGGGCGCCACACUCAAGGUAGGGCCUCUGCGGCUUGGCUGCGGCACAGGGUGUUGGGGGCGGGGGCGGAGGCGGGUGUAA